AUGGCUUGUGAAGAGCAUCCAGAGACGGAGCAGGCCGAGAGAGCAAGUGAUACCGGUGCUGUCUCCGGAGGCUGGCGAAUUUUGCAGCUGUCUGCAUGGAGCUGCUCCGAGGAGGCGGCCUUAGACUCCUUCCAGCGCGUCGCUGGGGGCGAGGGCGUUGUGGCAGCGGUGCUUGUCGACCCGGAUGGGGAUGCUGCAGAGCGCUUCGGGCCAGCAGUCGCCUGUCGUGCCAUGACGAGCAUGAUGGCCAGGACGUGCCAAGCACGUGGUCGUUCCAGCCGUUGGAGACGACGGAGAGGCCACACGGUCCGACUCACGCGCGCUCCAAAGCUGAGCGAGCGGCCCGAGCUCUCCACGCCCAGCACAGCAACGGAGCCCAGCACUCCUGUUGUGACAGAUUUCCUCGACAGCCAGCCGGGUCUGGCGAAGGAGAAGCUGGACUUGUGUAACUGGAUGGCUGCUCUCCCAGAUCAGCUUCCACUUUGCAAGGUGUCAAUACCGGGCACGCAUGACUCGGCAACUUUUCAGAUGUGGCCUUUGCCAGUGAAUUGGGCCUACGUCCAUGCUUUCGGCCAGACGCAAGACUGGGAUCUCUCUGCGCAACUUGCAGCAGGGGUGCGCUUCCUCGACCUGCGUGUGAAGGGUGACGGCUGGCUCUAUCACGGACCACUCGCCUGUGCCUUGACUCUCGAGGCAGCACUCCAAACUUGCCAUUCUUUCUUGCAAGAGCAUCGCAGCGAGCUGCUACUGCUGCGUAUCAAGGACGAGGAGCGCAGCCGGGAUUCAGCCCACAGGGUUCGUGAGCUCGUGAAGAAGUUCGCCAAGUACAUGCCUCUUUAUUUCAGUCAGCAAUCGUGUUUGGUUUGCGACCUCCGUGGCAAGAUGCUAGUGUUGCAAGACUGGCAAGGACCGGAGAUCUCACUGCCUUGGGGCAACUCUACCAUGAAGAUCCAGGACUUCUGGAACCCAGGCUCACUGAAAGAGAAGUGGGUCGCCGUGCUCAAGCACCUCCGCGGCGCGCCGCGCAGACAAGGCUUCAGCUCACUACCACCAGGUUACCGUCUUGAAGGGCUUUGA